AUGGGUGCCCUCAAGUAUGUCGAAGAACUUCAGAAGAAGAAGCAGUCGGACAUGAUGCGCUUCUUGAUGCGCGUUCGCCUUCGCCAACUUAAGGUCAUCCACCGCGCAAGCCGCCCCUCGCGCCCCGACAAGGCCCGCCGUCUCGGAUACAAGGCCAAGCAGGGUUACGUUAUCUACCGCAUCCGCGUCCGCCGUGGAGGUCGCAAGAGGCAGGCUCCCAAGGGCGCCACCUACGGAAAGCCUACCAACCAGGGUAUCAACCAGCUCAAGUACCAGCGCUCUCUCAAGUCCACCGCUGAGGAGCGUAUCGGCCGCCGCUGCGCCAACUUGCGCGUGCUCAACUCCUACUGGAUCAACCAGGACUCGACCUACAAGUACUACGAGGUCAUCUGCGUCGACCCCCAGCACAAGGCCAUCCGCCGCGAUCCUCGCAUCAACUGGAUCACAAAGGCCGUCCACAAGCACCGCGAGGCUCGUGGUCUCACCGCCACCGGCAAGAAGAGCCGUGGUCUCGGCCGUGGACACAAGUUCAACAACACCACCGCUGGAAGGAGGAAGACCUGGAAGAGGCACAACACCCUCUCCCUCUGGCGCUACCGUUAA